AUGGAGCAACAUUUGAAGCUUAACAAUCAAGAUGACACUUUCUUCCCUGAUCCUUGCCUUUAUUGUCGCCUAGUUGGUCGCCUCAUCUAUCUGACCAUCACUCAACCCGACAUUGUUUAUGCAGUCAACAUUCUUAGUCAGUUCAUGCAUGCUCUUCGUGUUCUUCACAUGACUGUCGCUACUUGUGUUCUCUGUUACAUCAAAGGGAGUCCCGACCAAGGCAUUUUUUUCUCCUCCUCUAGCACUCUACAGGUUACAGCUUAUACUUAUUCUGAUUGGGCAAGCUGCCCCACCACACGCCGCUCCACCACUGGCUACUUCAUUCAGAUAGGCAUUAGUUUAAUCUCAUGGCUUACCAAGAAACAGACUACCGUUGCCUGCUCUUCUGCUGAAGCUGAAUAUCGAGCUAUAGUCGUUACCACCUGCAAACUCACAUGGUUGAAGCAGCUUCUCACUGAUCUUGGCAUCUCUCAUCCCGAGCCUUUCACACUUCAUUGCGACAAUCAAUCUGCACUUUUCAUUGCACACAAUCCUGUGUUUCAUGAGUGUUCCAAAUACAUUGAGAUGAUUGCCACAUUAUGCAUGAUAAAUUCGUUUGGGCCUCCUCAAAGCUAUUCACACUUCUUCAAAUAA